AUGGCUGUCGCUGUCCAACCUAUUUCAGCGGUCGAUCACAGCGAGCCGCCCCCUCGGAAACGUCUUCGCACAGAGGUGGCAUGCAGUCCGAAGGUCCAGCCUGAACCACGCCUGUUUGCACCUUUUCGUGCACUUGGACUUGUUACAAACCAUGUCCCUUUCGCAUUGCAAACGCGAACGCACAAAGGUGCGACAGAAGGCCCGCGAACGCACAUUGUGACUUGUCUGGGGAAGUCGUGGGCAAUGUGGGAAGGGGGAAAGAUGGGAUUACUCUUCGUCGGUCCUGAUGCACCCGAGCAGAUCACGUCCGUGGUCAUCGACGGCAAGGACGUAUGGGUCUCCAGUGGGUCGCAUGUUAUAAAGUACAUUAGGGGAAAGGAGGUCAGAAGGCUUGCAAACCCAUUGAGCACACCGAUCGCCUCCAUGCUGGUCUUUGGUUCCCAGCUGCUUUCCCUAACGCAAGAUGGUACCAGAAUGUUCAUAUGGGGUCUCGAAGAUGGAGGACGUCUCAUUGACGCCUUCCGAACAUCGAGCGUAGCGACCAGCGUUGCAUUUUCACCCACAAAUGAUUUUCUUGCUACUGCUCAUGUGGACAGCGUAGGAGUGUACCUAUGGGCGAAUCGUGCGCAGUAUUCGGAAGUGGCCUUGCAGAGUGUCCCCGACGAUGAGAAGGUUAUUGAUGUGGCUUUGCCAUCCAUGCAAGGCACCGCUGAGGACGAAGCUCUUGACGCACUGUCAUCACUGGCACUUACUGGGCAAGAGAAGUCGUCCGACUUCUUCCUGGCACCGCCUGAGUUCGAUGGCGACCUCGUUACACUUUCAUUGUUGCCUCGUUCGCGAUGGCAGACGUUGCUGAACUUCGAGGUCAUCCAGCAACGAAACAAGCCAAAAGAGCCUCCCAAGGAGCCAGAGAAGGCACCCUUCUUCCUCCCCACUUUGCCUGGCGUUGAGCCAAGGUUCGCUAUCGAGCAGAAUGAAAGCGAGAAGACAAAAAAGCAGACAAAACGUUUGCAGAAGGCUUCAGCGUCAUCCGAUAGCACGUUCUAUAAGAUGCUAGCUGCGGAAGACCCUCACGGUGAUUACGAAGAAUUUUUCACCUAUGCAAAAUCACUAUCGCCAGCGGCCAUCGAUCUGGAGCUUCGCUCUCUAGUCACACUCGAUGCUCUUCGCACGUUUCUUACGGCUCUCAAUCGUCGACUCAGGUCGCAUCGAGACUUUGAGGCAGUGCAGUCGUUCCAAAACGUCUUUCUCCGCAUGCAUGGCGACGUCUUGACAGCAAAUCCCGAGUUGCAGGAGGAACUGGAGAUGCUACAAGAUGCCCAGCGAAAAGAAAGCGAGAAAUUGAACGUUGAGCUUCGUCAGGGAUACGUUGUGAUGUAUUAUUGUAUAUUAUUACCACCCUUCGCAUACAUCCUCCUGAAGGAGGCAAGGGAAUCUCAUCCUGACCAGGUCCCGACAUCGUCUGUCCCAAAUGAGCUCUGGCUUGAUAUCUUCAAACACGCGACCUUUGUCCCAGGAGCUCUGGAUUGUGACGACGGACACGCGAUCGCAUGCUUUACAAGAGACAAGGAUGGGAUCUGCCUUGCCAAUCGCCAUAGGGAAGCAAUGGAUAUAGCACUCGCUCUCUGCAUCGUCUGCAAGAGGUGGAAUAUGCUGGCGACCGAGUUUGUUUUCGCAUAUAUCCGGGUGAAGGACGGCGAACAAGCCAUUCGUCUUGCGGAUGCUCUGCGCCACUAUGCGACGACGUAUCCUUAUGCACCACAACCUGGGAGACAUGUGAUCCGUUUGGAACUCGCUUUGGAAGGCGCUCAUGCUUGGACGAGGCUACAUAGCUGGGCUCUCAUCAAGAUACUUAAAAGUUGCCCUCGUCUCUCUGUGUUCUCCACGGCAUUCUGCAGCCCUGAUGUUUAUCUUUGGGAUAUGUCAACCUUUCCAGACGCCAUUUGUCACGGCCUUAAAGGAUCAAAGCUGCGAAGAUUCGAGUCUGGUUACAUCCCCUCAUUUGUUCGCAAACUGGCACCUACCUUGGAGGAUUCACUCGAAGUCCUCUGGCUCCGCCCUUCAGAUAGGAGGCUCACUAAGAAAAGAGUUCAAACCAGCUCACUUGCGUUUCCUCGUCUCCACAUGCUUAUCCUCUCGGAAGCCGCAGAAAAUUGCUUCGCAGAAGUCGCCAUGCCAUCCUUGCAGACAUGCAUCCUCGAAGACCCGAUCCAAGACUCGGACAAGGCCCCUCAGUGUCUUCUGGCUCGGUACGGAGAGCAAUUACGCUAUCUUGUGACGUCCAGCACACUGCAAGUUUCUUAUGUCCUCGAGAAUUGCCCGAGGAUCGCGCACUGGACAAUUCCCUGCGCUGCAGUCGGCAUGCUGCGCGUAUCGGAGGCCUACUCAUCAAUCAUAUCCCUGACUCUCAUCGAAGAAAGUUCACUUCGGACUUGCAUGCUACCUAUGGCCUUGCGGUCGCUCCAUUCGAUUCUCAGCGAGGACAAGUCUUUCGUGUCGCUUCGCCUCAUUCGAUUUCAGCUUCCUCUCCGAAGUUCCUUCACAUCUUUCGUCCGAACGUACAAUGAACAUUGGGAGUAUAGCUGCAUUCGGCAUGGUGGUCUGCUCCUACAUCUAUGUGACCGACGCAAGAUCAGCGUUCAAGCAUCCUUUGGCGUGGCUCAGCAGUCGGCAGAUUGUUGGGCACCAUUCACAGAACAGGUGCUGCCAGCCGCCACCACAGGAGUUCUUGCUGGCGCGUACGGCUUGGUUAAGGGCUCUACUCAGAUCGGCCCCCUCAUUACCUCUGCGGCCCUCAAUGGGGGCGUAGCAGGCGCGACGUUCUUCAGUUUUCGCGAGUACAUCGCCAGCCCCGUGCUUCUGCAUGCGUUGGCAAACACGGAGUACUCGCGGCGAAUACGUGAGCUCCAGGCCAGUCGGAGAGCGGGUGGACGGUCGGGAGAGAAGCUCACCUGGUGGGACAUGCGCAUGAACAAGGUCCCAGAUACCGCAAUCAGCGGUGCCUUCACCGGUGCUAUCCUCAAUGCAUGGAAACGAGGCCCGGCAGGCAUUGUGCCGGGGGUAACAACUGCAGGCCUCGCCUGUACACUCAUACAGCUUGCAUACAACGAGCUCGACAUCGCGCGGAUCAAAUAUGUCUCACGGACACUGCAGGAGACGAGAAAACAGCAAGACGCAGAGGCCGCUCUUCCAAUGUCACAGCCUGUUCCCCUGCCCUCAGCACCCAUCGAGCCACGAAAAUCUUUCAUAGAACGGAUGCUCGUGACAAUGGGCUUCCACCAAGUCACUGACGAGGAGUUCUUAGAGAAGCUGAAAUUUAAACGAGAUUAUGCGCUGCGGCGCAUUGAGGAGUUGGAGCAGGAACGAGCACAGGAAAAAGAGAAGAUAGCUUCAGAGACUGUCGAUUCACAGACAUCUGUCAAAUCACAAGACUAG